AAGCCUGCACUUUGGCUCCUGUUGUAUAUAUUCAUCGUGACCUCGCAGAGUUCUCAACAAGUCCUCAGGAUCGGAGGCAUUUUUGAAACUACUGAAAAUGAGCCAAUUAGUAUCGAAGAGAUGGCCUUCAAGUUCGCAAUCACCAGUAUAAACAGAAAUAGGACAUUAAUGCCUAAUACCACGCUCACAUACGACAUACAGAGAAUUAAUCUUUAUGACAGCUUUGAAGCUUCCAGACGGGCUUGUGAUCAGCUUACACUUGGAGUAGCAGCUGUGUUUGGACCUUCCCACAGUUCUUCAAUAAGUGCGGUUCAAUCUAUCUCUAAUGCAAUGGAAGUUCCACACAUCCAGACACGUUGGAAACAUCCCAUACUAGAUCAGAAGGAUUCAUUCUUCAUUAACCUUUAUCCAGAAUAUACAUCUAUUAGUAGAGCCAUCCUGGACCUGGUGCAAUACUACAAAUGGAAGACAAUUACCAUUGUUUAUGAAGAUAGCACAGGUCUUAUUCGAUUACAAGAAUUAAUGAAAGCCCCCUCCAGGUACAACAUUAAAGUUAAAAUACGUCAGUUGCCGACAGGUAAUAGAGAUGCUAAGCCUCUUCUGAAACAGAUGAAAAGGGGGAAGGAGUUCUACGUGAUAUUUGACUGCACAUACUCAACUGCAGCCCAAAUAUUGAAACAGAUACUUUCGAUGGGAAUGAUGACUGAGUAUUACCAUUACUUUUUCACCACACUGGAUCUCUUUGCAUUGAACUUGGAACCUUAUCGAUAUAGUGGUGUCAAUAUGACAGGGUUUCGCCUCCUAAAGAUUGACGACCCACAUGUUGCAUAUAUUAUUGAGAAGUGGUCCAUGGAACGACUUCAAGCGCCACCCAAACCUGAUUCGGGGCUCCUGGAUGGGAUGAUAACAACAGAUGCAGCCCUGAUGUAUGAUGCAGUGUACGUGGUAUCUGCAGCCUUCCGACAAGCCUUUCAAAUGACUGUCAGCUCCUUGCAGUGUCACAGACACAAGCCCUGGCGCUUCGGAUCUAGGUUUAUGAACCUCAUCAAAGAGACUCAGUGGGAUGGCCUAACAGGUCGGAUUGCCUUCAAUAAAACUGAUGGAAUGCGGAAAGAUUUUGAUUUGGAUAUUAUAAGUCUAAAGGAGGAAGGCCUGGAGCAGAUUGGAAUUUGGAAUUCAAACACAGGACUUAACAUGACAACCAGCCUGAAGGACAAGCCCUCCAACAUCACCGACUCAUUGGCCAAUAGGACUCUCUUGGUUACCACUAUUUUGGAAGAUCCCUAUGUGAUGCAUAAGAAAUCUGACAAGCCCCUUUAUGGGAAUGAUCGUUUUGAAGGUUAUUGCCUUGACUUACUGAAAGAAUUAUCAAACAUUCUGGGCUUUACUUACGAAGUUAGACUGGUAGCUGAUGGAAAGUAUGGGGCACAGAAUGAGAAGAGUGAGUGGAAUGGAAUGGUUGGAGAACUCAUCAACCAUAAAGCGGAUUUAGCAGUUGCUCCUCUAACUAUUACCUAUGUGCGGGAGAAAGUGAUUGACUUCUCUAAACCCUUCAUGACUCUGGGCAUUAGUAUCCUCUACCGUAAACCCAAUGGCACAAACCCCGGCGUUUUCUCCUUCCUGAAUCCAUUAUCCCCUGAUAUUUGGAUGUAUGUGCUACUGGCCUGCCUUGGGGUCAGUUGUGUGCUGUUCGUUAUUGCCAGGUUUACACCAUACGAAUGGUACAAUCCCCACCCUUGCAAUCCUGACUCGGAUGUAGUGGAAAACAAUUUUACUUUACUAAAUAGUUUCUGGUUUGGAGUUGGAGCUCUCAUGCAGCAAGGAUCAGAAUUGAUGCCCAAAGCUCUCUCCACUAGAAUAGUGGGUGGAAUCUGGUGGUUUUUUACAUUAAUUAUAAUCUCUUCAUACACUGCCAACUUGGCUGCCUUUCUGACUGUGGAAAGAAUGGAUUCUCCCAUAGACUCGGCUGACGACCUGGCAAAGCAAACCAAAAUAGAAUAUGGUGCUGUCAGGGAUGGAUCCACAAUGACCUUCUUUAAGAAAUCAAAAAUUUCAACCUACGAGAAAAUGUGGGCAUUCAUGAACAGUCGAAAGCAAACUGCUUUGUUGAAGAACAACGACGAGGGAAUUCAACGUGUUCUCACCACUGACUAUGCUCUUCUGAUGGAGUCAACCAGCAUUGAAUAUGUCACUCAGCGAAACUGCAAUCUAACACAAAUUGGUGGACUCAUUGACUCCAAAGGAUAUGGCGUUGGAACACCUAUAGGAUCUCCAUACAGAGAUAAAGUCACAAUAGCUAUCCUACAGCUUCAGGAGGAAGGAAAACUGCACAUGAUGAAAGAGAAAUGGUGGCGUGGCAAUGGCUGCCCAGAAGAGGAUAACAAAGAAGCAAGCGCCCUUGGUGUUGAAAACAUAGGAGGAAUAUUUAUUGUGCUUGCUGCAGGGCUAGUGCUCUCAGUCUUUGUAGCUAUCGGUGAAUUUGUAUACAAAUCCAGAAGAAACAGUGACGUUGAACAGUGCUUUACAUUCAGCACAGUGAUUGAGGAGCUUCGCAUUUCACUUCGCUGCCACAAAAAGCUGAGCAAAAAUUCUAGAACUAGGAGAAAAUAUGGACUGUCAAGCAUCCUCAUGUGUCAUCAAAGGCGAAUUGUGCGAAAAGAGACAAUAACAUGAAGUUGACAACUGCACUCUGAGUAGCAAAGACUCCUCAAUGCUGUCUGCAAUUAUGCUUUUACCUCAUGGAAAAUAUACCGGAUUAUUGAACUUCCUGACAAAAUGCAACAU